AUGACGUCGCUCCAAGCGCCCCAGAGCUCCAUUGAAGCUGCAACUUUGGCCGCUGCAUCUGCACACACUGGCGUCCAUCCCCACAAUGUUUCAUCCUCCGACACUCUCCCUGCACCUAGAAAACCCAAGAAGAAGCGGAGCCACACCACUCCGACGAGGGACCGCGAGCGUCGCGAGCUCCUGGCGCUGCGUGUCGAGUCCGUAGAGCUAGAGAAGCAACUGGAGCAGGCUCGGGACCGUCUUGCAACUCUCAGAAAGAAACAACAGCAGACAACCCCCUCUAGCCGCAGCAGAAUCGUCAGUACAAUUCCAGCUUGGCGACAUAUCGCCCGCCGCCACUUGAGAGCGCGACAAGAGGCAGAGAGCGAGAACCGGAGGCUACGGGAGCAGUUAGUAGACCACCUCAAGUGGGGCCAUACACUACAGACCAAGAUGACCGAGAGAGGGGGCGGACACGACCCGAAUUCGACCCGUGCAGCGGCUACGGCGGCGGCUUUGGGGUCUGUGGCCAACCCGUUGCUGCUGGUUGAGGACGAGGAAGGGAUCACGGACUUGGAGCUGGAGCUGGACGACGCCGACCGGGCGGAGCUGGAGAUGCUGGCGAGUGGACUGGACGCGGCGUAUGCGAGAGUGGACGAUGUGUUCAAAGACUACAAAGUCACGGAAGUGCUGUUGGGCUCGGUCUCAGGCAGCAGGAAGACGCUGGAUGGGGCCGAACAGAAUGGGGGGAUGGCUGUAGUGGAGCUGCGUGACACGCGCAUGAUCCCGUUCGAGUUUCGACUGGCCAUCGACGCUGCGUGGAACGCGUGGGUGCUCUGGCAUCUCGGAGGGAGCUGCCGGAAGAGCGUCUCGGCGCAUCGAAGCUGCUCGUACCCCAACGUCUCCAGACCAGAACAUACGUUCGCAGUCAAGUUUCGACUGCAGACUCCAGCGUCGCUACUUCCAGAAGGAGCUGGGCCGAUGUUCCUUGAUCUAAAGCUGGUGCUGAGGAGAUACGUGGAGCAAAAUCGCCUAGUGCUGGUCUGGCGAGGACUUUCCGCGGGCGAGAAGGACCUCGAUGGGUUGUUUACGGAUGAAACUGGAUGGGUUGUCUUCGAGCAAUUGGAGCCAUUCCAAGAAGGCGAGGGGAGCGCUGUACCUGCAGCAAGGACGUCGAUGCGUUCGUGCGUCCGCAUGACGCCGAAGCGCGCUGACGACUGCACUGCCACGCCGACGCAAGGCCGUGUUUUGGCGAAUUUGGUCGUGAAUUCCUACGAGGAGGACGUCAGCUUCAUUUACCGCGAAAUGGAGGCGCAGCUUCUUCGAAUGAGAAGGCAUACGUGA